UGUUCGUUUCACAGUCAAAAUCAUUUUGAAAUUUUUAAAAGGGCUGCAAGCGCUACAAUGCAUAAUUUAUGACCAAUAAAUAUGCCUAAAUCACCGCCAUUUUAAGUCUGCGCACGCAUGUCUGUUUCCAGUAGAAAUUGCACAGCGUUAAGUAUGUUCUGCUUUGUGAUGGACGUUUGCUUUUUUGUGUUGACCAUACUCGUGUGAAAAAGCAAAAAAACGUCAUCGUUUUAUGAACUGCUUAAAAAUACUGUUUCAUUAUAUUGAUUUCAAGAUGAUAGUGUCUGUCGUUCGAUCUUUCGAAACAAUAUUACAAAGUAGAUCUAGGAAUAGCUGCUUUAAGGAAACAUAAGGAAAACAUGAGGUUUUUUGUCAAGAGAUAAUAUCAACGGCGAAACUCUUUCCAAGUUAAAACUUUUUUUUUGACAAUAUAAAUAACGCAAAUAUUGCUCUGAUACUGGAAAUUUUAUCAGUUAGAUUCCAAAGAACAUCUGGUUUAGUGACACCGUGAGAACGAGGCUGGUUUAAUGCAGUUAUAAAAAUAGGAGCGCGCAGCGAAGACUGGAGCAGAAUAAGAAGCAGAUAAACUUUGAGUUGGUUAUUGACCUUUAAUGAUUAGUAUGCUUUACAGACAUGCUGGUGGAAUUGAUCAACAUGUGAAGAACGAAAAAAAGGUAUUUCUUGGAAACAAGAAUUUAUUAUUCUCUGCUAGUUAUUUAAACCCGUGGAUAAAUCCAAUUAAAUUUAUUGUACUUCGUAUGUUAAUUUCAUUAACAAGGCUGAAAAAAACGAAACGGAAAAGAAUCCGCUCAAAAACACUUAAAUUUUAUUAUAUAUGUUACUUAUCACAAAAUUAUUUGUUGGUAAUUUUAUUAAAAAGACACUUUUUAAUUAACUCAAUUAUAUACUUUGAAAAUUUGACCGACCGGUAGCCUUGUGAUAGAGCGUUCGCUUCUAAUGCGGAAGGUCUUGUUUUCAAAAUCCGGCUGGGGCAUGCCAGAGACUAAAAGUGUAAACAUAUCCUUUCUGCUUAGCGGUCAACAUGAGAAUAGGAUGGAUAUCUUAGGCGGUUGUCUGGUUAAGUGAUUGAUGUGUUUUAACAUUUUUCGUAACUCAAAUAAAAGCUUUAAUAGCAGUACCAAUAGGAAGUAAAGAGGUCAUCUUGGGUAAAAAUUUCAAUAAGACAUAAAAGGAACGAUAUUGACAACAAUAAUAACAACUUUAAUUGCCUGUGACUUUACCCAUGCAAUAAUUUAUAACAAAGCAGCCGUCACGGUAAAUCUAAAUUAGCAUGUGCAAUAAAAUUCCCAACAAAUAAAAACACUUUAUUUUGUCGCUUGAUUUGUUCUAACCAAUUAAAAUCGUAAAAAAAACUUUUAUAAAAUACAGAACAUUUUAGGUAUUAUAGACGCUUUUAAAAAAAAAUUGGAAAAAAUAUAAUCGAUUUUGCCUGUUACAGAUAGACAGACACAGUUAUCAUAUUACUAUAUAGGAUUUCAAAAAGUUAUUAAAAAAGAAGAUAUUAAAAAUUUAAAAUGGUAACAUAACAAUGUUUGUUACGACGCUUUACAAAAUAUCCCAUAAAAUAUUCUACAAGUCAUGCUUGGUUCAAACAAAAACCUUGAUACUGAAAAACAAAUAAAGAGUUUUUUGUGAAAAAUUUGUAAACUCUUUAAAAACAAGUUCAGCACUGAAGUGAACUAACAACUAACCAAAACGUAUUUUGGUUUAAAAAAAGUUGGGCAGGUAUGAAAUACUUUGAAAUUUAACAUGUACGAGGUUUUGGAAGUAAUAGACAUUGAUACUUCGAGGAAAAGUCUUUAUGAAUGCUUUAGUCAGUUUAAUGGCAGCUCACAGUCACUGGGUUAUAAAUAUUUACCCCAGACUUUGAUUUUUAAGCUUGCUUUUCUUGCCUAUGAUAACUUCUGCGCUAGUUUUUAACACAGUUUAGUAGAUGACUUGACAUUUUCUUUGUGUAUUCGACAAAUUCAAAAAUAUAUUUUUUAUUCACGAACAACAAAUAUACAGCUAAGCUUUUCGGAAUUUUUUGUUACGCAUAAGCGAGAUAACCUUCUUAAAAUACAAAAAUAAAUAAUAUAUUGAUUAUUUAUUAUUUAUUUUAUAUUUUUAAGAAGAUAAUAAUCUUGCACAUGAUAUCUUAUUGAUGGAGUACUUCUGAAAGGCUUAACAAUAUACUUUCAAAGAUGUCAUAAUAAAAACAUAUAUUUUUAGACAACAAGAAAAGGCGAUUGUUUUUCAUGAAAACUUAGAUUAGAUAGUUUUUAUCAUCCAGUUACAGUAGAACUGAGAGGCGUAGUCUGAUAAUAAUCGCUAAAAUUAUUUCAAAAAUCGGAAAGUAGAUAUAAAGUAGGGAUCACAGCAAUACAAACAGGAACCUAGAACACCGCAUCACAUGAUAGUCUUCUAACAACGCACGAUUUCUUAAGAAUAAUAAUAAGAAGAAAGUUGAAGUGCAAAAAAUUAGAAAAACUAUACUACAGUAAUAUCUUUUUUGCAGUUCGUUGUGCUCAAAAAAUUUGUAUACAUUUAUUUAUUUUACGAAUAUUCAUAGGAUGUUCUUUAGUAAUAAUAACACGAGUGUUUACUGUUUCUUUAACUGGAGGUUUUGCAACAUAAUCCUGUUUUUAGACUUCUUUUUUGUGUUAAGUAUCAAAAUGGAUGCUUCGGACGUAGCCAUCAGCUUUUGAAAGAGAAAAGCUGCUUUAGAGAUCUGGCAUAGUUACAUGUAAGAGGAGAAAUAUUUAAGAUGUUAAUAUAAGCCGUUUUUGCGUGGUCUAGCGUGAUGUCGUUCUGAUUUAGGUGAAAAUUUACUGUGUUUAUGUGAAAAAAAUCAUUUUUUUAAAAAUCCAAGAAUAUUUUCAAUAUAAAAGAUUCUUAGUCUGUUUUUUUAAGACGUUUUUUGUUGUGAUGGCUGAAACAUGUUUAUUGAUUUAUUAGAGCGGACUAUGCCAGUGGAUCUGGUUAUUAAAAUCAACACAGUCAUCAUGAACUUUUUGUUCGCCUCUGCUUUUAAUGCCAAACUGAAAGUUUGUGACUGCAACAUUGCUCCAAAAUCUUUUUUCCCCUUUUUUUAUGGUCCAGCUGAUCUUACGAAAAAAGAGAAAAGCUCUAUUUUUUUAACUACUACCAAAAUGGGGAAUGUACACUAUGUAUAUUAAAUAUUUUUAAAAAAAAUCUUUCAAGAACAUGGGAACACGUAAAACCUUUAUUUUAAUUUGAAAGAUUUAUUUUUUUAUGAUGUUAUUAAUAAAGAGAAUAUUAUGUUGUUAAAUUUUUUUCUUUCUUUUCUUAAUUUGUGCUUUUAUUUUGUGUUGGUCUUGUUUUUUAUUUUGUAGACACGCAAUAAACUGUCUCAUGUAGCUUAUCAAAAAAUAUUACAAAAAGUUUUAAUAAAAACAAACUAUAUUUAAGCGCGUACGGUGAAAAACAUGCGAGUAAAAAAUGCUCUUCCACAUUUUCAUUUUGUUGGAGAUGUUUUCAUUUGUCCACUUGAUACGAGCUGGUCUGGUAUUGGACGAAGUAAAAGCUUUAGCCAAUCAUAUUGGAGAUAAAACGAAAAUGUUAAUGAAGACAACCACAAAGUAUGAAGAAUUAGAACGUGAAUAUGAAAUUUUAUUAAAAAGUAAUACCUUAAGAAUUAAAACAUUAAAUGUUUCGAAAGUUAGCGAGGAGUUUAGUACAAACAUAAAGAAAUUGCUCAUGACGCAUAUAAAUAGUGUCAUGGAAAUAAAAAACAAAGCCGAAGAGCUGAAUAAUAAUUUUAUAUACGACAAAAACAUACAACCAUUUAAUUACUACAAUCGAAAGAACGAUCCAGAAAAUUUCGUUCAAUGGGAACAUACAUUUUCAAAAACAAGAAAAGUUAAUAUUAACAGAAGUUAUGUUCAAGUACCAACCGAUAUUUACAAGUACCAUAAAUAUAUACUAAACGAUGCAAAAUGGUCCGAAGGCAUUGACGAUGUUUUCAGAAAGAAUUUAAAAAAUAUCCCUUCGUUGUUAUGGCAAUAUUUUGGCAGUGAGCAUGGAAUGUUUAGAUCCUUUCCUGGAAAAAACGAAAAAAGAGAAAUUGAUUUAUAUGAUUGUCGAAGAAGGUUGUGGUACAACCAAGCCAUCAACUCACCCAAAGAUAUUGUUGUCAUUGUCGAUUUGAGCGGCUCCAUGACUGGAAGCCAUUUCGAUAUUGCAAAAGUAACUAUUAAGUCAAUUAUAAACACUUUGCAACAAAACGAUUUCUUUAAUGUUAUUUAUUUCUUGGAUGGCAAAGUUAAUUUGAUUCGACCGUGCUGGAAACUUUUACAGCAAGCAACUUCACAGAAUAAAGAGGCUCUCAAGUCCGCUGUUGAUCGUUUAAAACGUCCAAGUGGUGUUUCCAACGUCAAUGAAGCUUUCUACACUGCUUUUAAGGUAUUAGAAGAAAGCAGAAACAGUGAUUUGACUUCUACUCGGUGUACCCAGGCUAUUAUGAUUGUAACAGACGAAAUUGAACGCAGUGAUGAAACGAAGAAGACUUUACAACGAUUAAACGCUAAGAGAGAUAUUGUAAUAUUUUCUUAUAUUGUUGGCACUGGUGGCAAAACUGCAGAAGAAGUAAAAAGAAUUGCAUGUGCAAAUGGAGGAUCAUUCUAUCACUUUCCUACAGUAGGUAACGUCUGGAAUGGUGUUUUGCAGUAUCAGAAAGUCAUGAGCAAGCCGAUAGCACAAGAAGAAAAAGAAAAUAUUAUAUUUACUCCGUUAUACUUAGACAGUGGAGAUCUGGGUAUGAUGGCCACAAUAUCAGCACCCGUGUUUGGCAAAGUAGAUAAUUCUUCACAGAGAAAAUUGCUAGGAGUUGCUGGAGUUGACAUUCGAGUUACAUUACUUGAGCAACAAUACCCGAUAACUAAAUUGGGUGUUUUUGGGCACGCUUUUGCGAUUAAUAAUAAUGGUUUAUUUCUAAUUCAUCCAAAGUUUCAGGACCAGACGGGAUAUUUACCUGAUCCAGCAACAGUGUUUUUAAAUGAAGUGGAGCACACAGUAGUUAAGGAAGCUUCUAUCAGCCUUACAUCUAAUAUGAUUGAUGAGAGGACGGGGUGUAUGGACGCUGAAUUAGAUUGGCUUUAUCUAAAAACAUCUAAUACGCGGGUGGUGCGUUUAAAUAUGACUUACUGUUAUCAACCGAUAACUGGAACACCCUUUCGUACUGGUGUUAGUAUUCCUUUCUCUAAUCAAAAAGUGCUAUCCGUGUCUAAGCUAAAAUACAAGACUUCUUUCAAAUCAGGAGUAGAUGGACUAAAUACAACUACAAAGAAUAAAUAUAUUGAAAUUGCGGCAUGGAUGUUUUGCGAUAUUCCAGCCAAAGAACAAGAAAAUGAACCGGCAUCGUUCAAGUUUUAUCCAAAAGCUGAGGAAUUACAAAGAUAUCUAACCAUUCAAAACAAGUACACUAGCAACUGUGACGAAGAAAUGUUGUCAAAUUUAUUAUUGUCAUCUUCUGUAGUAUCCAACUUUACCGAAAAAGAGUGGUCUAUAGAUAAACUACAACAAAAUCACGUUACAAAUGUGUACAUUAUUACUUCGUCAGGUUAUGUCACUGCUUUGACAGCCUCAGUUGAUCAAGACAUUUCAAUUAAUCGCAACUUCCUUGCGGAUGAAUUAUAUGCGCGGCCAGCAUCUUUUGCCUCAACCAACAGAAAAAGACGAUUAAUAUUUUCAGUACCAAUAAAAGAAAUUAAUAAAUUUACAAAUAGGAUGCACAAUGCUUUUCCUGUUAGUGUUUCUCUAAGUUCUGCUAUGUAUAUAUCCAAUGAUGACGUUAUAGUAGGAGUAACGGGUAUGACAAUAUCAAGUGAUUACUUGUUAAGUCUUUUAGAUGGACGGUUCCAAAACAGUACUGAUUCUGCUACGUACUGUCAGAACUUAUUUAAAUGUUAUUUGAUAGAUGAAAAUGGUUACGUAGUAAUCAGUAACCAACGCAAUGACGACUUGGGUGUUUUCUUUGGUUUUGUAAAUGGCUUGCUUAUGAGAAAAUUUGUUUCGCUUGGUAUAUAUAGUACGAAUUAUUAUGAUGAUACUCAAGCUAAAUGCGAGCAAAGAACAUACACUGCUACCUCUUCUGCAAACAGAGAAUCGUCAAUACAGCUAUUUCUGAAUGCUUUUAUUCGUAUCCUCAAUAUGGUUGUGCCCUUUUUCAUUCAACAAACGCCAGCAAAAGAGUUUGAAGUUAUUACUAAAAAUAUUAGCUGUACAAAACGAAUUGUUAUUUACAAACGAACUGAAUACAAACAAAACUAUUCAGGUUAUUUCGAGUGCUCAAACCAAUGCCAUUCACAUUUUGCAUUUGUUUCCUUAAUGGAAACAAACAUUGCACUCGUUACCAUUAGCAACAAUUGUUCCCUUCCAUGUUUAGAUUACGUACUGAGUAACGAGCCAAUCAAGUUGGAUUAUUCAGAUGAGUGUCCUGGCCGAUCACUUCAGUUUCGAAAAUCGCUUUCUCUGUGUCACCGUCUGCGUUCAGAUAAUGUUGAAUGUUCUAGUGACAAAUACAAUGAGAAAUCAACUGAAUUGAAAUCUUAUUUGACUGUUAUUCUUUCAUUUCUUGUGUUUUUUGUCUUAGUUAUUUUUAUAACAUGUUUCUGAAUAAAUUUUUUCGAUAA